AUGGCACAGGACAAGACGAAGGAAAUUGUGAGAGUGAUCGAUGCACCAAUUUCCGAUGUCUGGGCAAUCAUUGCAGCUUUUGGUUCCGAAAAGCUCUGGUUCCCCAAUGUCAUCCAGUCCAGUCUUGAGGGAUUUGGUAUCGGACACACCAUCACCUACCUGAUUCUCGGCGGCGUCCCAAACACGAAACACCCCCGUGGAACACUGAAAUUGACAGCCAUCAGCGAUAUAAAAACACAAUUCAGUUGGUCGGGCGCAUCUGAGUGGACGGAGCCAACCUUCAAACCGGUCCUAGCUGGAAUGUUGGACGAGAUGUUCAAUGGGUGCAUGGAUGCCAUUGAGUCAAUUUUCAAGUAG